CUCAUCUCCUCCUUUUGCACCCUGUCCACAGACAACCUUCACAAACUUCCCGACUCCAUCCCCACUGUGCCACGACUUGUGCCUUGCGUAAUAACAAAUGACUCCCAGAGUGGAGGUAAGAGCACGCCUCCUGGGGCCUUUGUCUGUCCGGAUGGCUACGUCUGCAAGGGCUACUGGGAAGGACCUAACUUUGGGAUAACCUCCUUUGACAACAUUGGCUACUCCAUGCUCACCGUCUUUCAAUGCAUCACCAUGGAAGGCUGGACUGAUAUUAUGUCUUCUAAAGUGUUCAAUGAGAGAAAUUUCGAAUUUGAAGGCGUAGGCGGUGAAGAGAAGCUGGUGGACAUGGCACUUCGACUGCAUGUCACUGUCUUUACGAAAGCGGUUUUCAACAACACGAACGCGAGUCCUGUUUCUGGUCUGCUUUUCGAAAUAAUCUACAUUUCAACAAAGUUAAAUGCUUAA